GAGUUCCGGAACGUGCUGUUCUCUGUGGAAGCCAUUGUGCAGCUCCCGCGUACAGUGCGUACGGAGUAUCGCGAGGACGCGCUCCACAGUCUGUCCAGUGGCCGAUUUCAUUUGCUGCUGGCGGCAUUCUUGCUCCGCGUGGUCAUUGCUUCAAUACUGCUACUCGCCGGAAUCAGCUGGUUGGCGCGUACAACGUCCAUCACCGAGCUGAUGCUAAACGCUGUAGCCUUGAACGCAAUCCUGGAUGUGGAUGAGUG